CGUCGUUACAUCACUCGUACCACGGCUCGUGCUAUAAAAGAAAAGGACGCACGAUAUUGUGACGUUUUCGACGUACUUUUCGACUUAGUCGACCUUCACCGUCCUCUGUGUGAAUUUUUCAGUUACACCCCGACGUUGUUGCUGACAACAGUUAUCGAUAGUCGUUUGUUUAUCAAAGCGAUAAAGUAUUCAAAAUGGCCACCCACUUCAACUACCCCGACCCCGCCCUUCAGGACGAACUCCGCAAAAUUGCCAACGCGAUCGUCGCCCCCGGAAAGGGCAUCCUCGCGGCCGACGAAUCCGUCGGUACGAUGGGAAAGCGCUUGGCCGACAUUGGCCUGGAAAACACCGAAGAAAACCGACGGAAAUACCGCCAGUUGCUCUUCACCAGCGACAAAACAAUCGGUGAUUACAUCUCCGGCGUAAUCCUCUUCCAUGAGACUCUCUACCAGAAGGCCGACGAUGGCACCCCAUUCCCUGAACUCCUCAAACAAAGAGGGAUUAUUCCCGGGAUUAAAGUGGACACUGGCGUUGUCCCACUCUUCGGCACGCAAGACGAGUGCACCACUCAGGGAUUAGACGAUUUGGGCAAACGCUGCGCCCAGUACAAGAAGGACGGGUGCCAUUUUGCAAAAUGGCGGUGCGUCCUUAAAAUCAAGGACCACACUCCCAGCUAUCAGGCGUGUCUCGAGAAUGCAAAUGUUCUAGCAAGAUAUGCUUCGAUUUGUCAGGAGAAUCGUAUUGUGCCCAUUGUGGAGCCAGAGAUACUCCCUGAUGGUACACACGAUAUUGAACGUUGCCAGAAAGUCACAGAGACGGUCCUGGCGUUCGUCUACAAGGCGUUGAAUGACCACAAUGUCUUCCUUGAAGGCACACUUCUUAAGCCUAAUAUGGUCACGGGGGGGAUGAGCCACCCUGUUAAGUUCUCCCCCGAACAGAUUGGGAGGGCCACAGUGACGGCGCUUUCGCGCACUGUGCCCCCAGCUGUCCCCGGAAUUGUGUUCUUGUCAGGGGGGCAGUCCGAGGAGGAGGCCACUGUUAACCUCGACGCCAUUAACAAGUUUCAGGGCAAGAAGCCGUGGGUUUUGAGCUUCAGUUACGGACGGGCCCUCCAGGCGUCCGUUUUGAGGGCCUGGGGCGGUAAAGACGCCAAUGUGCCAGCUGGACAAGCCGAGUUGAUGAAGAGGGCCAAGGCGAAUAGUGAGGCGUCUUUGGGGAAAUAUGUGGCAGGGAGUGUGCAAGGACAAGCCGCCGAUCAAGGGCUGUUUGUCAAGAAUCAUGCUUAUUAAGGGGGCUGUCUCGUUUUAUUACACACAUGAUAUAUUUAUAUAGAAAUAAAAAUGUUAGAUAUUGUUGUCGAUUUAUAUACUGUCAUUUUUUAUUUAUAUCGUGGUUGUAGAUUUUAAAGGACUGAAGUCAUCGCCAUGUUUUGAUUUUAGCGUCAUGUAGCGGUUUACUAUGGAAAUGUACAAGUCGGUGGAUAUUUUAUGUAACAAUGUGUACAAUAAAAAUUUAUAGUAA